GGACCAGGGCUGUCAAAGUUUUUAACUCCUUUCCCCCCCCGCCCACCUCUGCCCCAGGCGCCCGGCGGGCACCGGCAUUUCUUGACUUCUCCACUGAAAUUUGGUCUUGGGUUUUUUUUCCCCUGGAGGGGGGGAGCAAAAGGGGGGUGCGGGAAGAGGCUGUUUAAAUGGAUCGAGCCUGCCCCGCAGCCCGGGGGGAAAGGCUCCGGGAGUAGAGCGAGAGCUAGGAGGGAACCGGGGAGGAUUGGACCUCGCUGGGUCUUCCCGACCAUGGUGUUCGCCCUGGGCGAGGGCUCCUUAGCUGCACCCCGGGGCUGCCGCCGGCGGGAGCCAGGGCGCUGAUCCCCGCCUGGUCUUGGGGGGCAGAAGGACAGCCCCCUCUGUGCCCCGCUCUCUGUCUCUUGAUGUUUGAUCCCUCCGCGGCGGCCACAGGCAUGAGCGAUGGCGGGGCCCAGGCCGGCAGAAGCCCCCUGCUGCUGGGGGAGCCGGGAGCCCCGGAGCGCGCCCGGGGGAAGAGCGGUGCCAGGGGGGAGCGGGAGACCGCGCUGCGUGGAGCCGGAGGCGGAUUCGGACUCAAGGAGGUCCCGGGAACCUCGGCGGCCAGCCCCGGCUUGUCCCAGGAGUGCGUCCCGGAGGGCGACAGCCAGUCCGGGGGAGGAGAAGCGGAUUACUGCCGCCGGAUCUUGGUGCGAGAUGCCAAAGGGACCAUCCGGGAGAUUGUUCUCCCCAAAGGGCUGGAUCUGGACCGGCCCAAGAGGACACGAACCUCUUUCACAGCCGAGCAGCUGUACAGGCUGGAGCUGGAAUUUCAGCGGUGUCAGUAUGUCGUCGGCAGGGAGAGGACGGAGCUAGCGAGGCAGCUCAACCUAUCAGAGACACAGGUGAAAGUCUGGUUCCAGAACCGGCGCACCAAGCAGAAGAAGGACCAGAGCAGGGACUCUGAGAAACGAUCGUCCUCCACCUCUGAAUCCUUCGCCACAUGUAACAUCCUCCGGCUCCUGGAACAAGGGAGACUUUUGUCUGUGCAGGCCCCUUCCAACUUGCUGUCUCCAAAUUCGAAUCCCAUCAGGAGCCCUGCCGGGAAUGGAUCCAGCCUGGCUCCCUCUGGCACCACCUCGCCUGGGCUGAGCAGUGGAAACAGCCCUCCUGGGACAGGAGCCUUCAGCCUGCAGGUCCCAUCGCUAGCAUCCUCCUCUUCCUCACCCAGGCUCCCUGCCACCCCGCUCUGUUUCAGCGGCCCGCUCCUGGGCAGCCUGCACGAGCUACCCAGCGGCUACGGACUGGGGAGCUCUGCCUUUGAGCCUUACACACGGCUGGAGAGGAAAGACAGUCCUGUACCCAGCAAGAAGCCGAGUCUUUAACUAAAAUCCAGUGUCAAAAUCAUCCCCACCCUCCACCCCCACCCUGUCUCCCGCAUGGGGCUGUUCUGUGGCCAGUGGAGUUGCAAAGGCCGUUGAACAAAUGUCCAGGUGAUGUGUGUGUGAC